UCUGCCAUUUUUUUUACCGGCGAAACUCUGUCUCUACACGCACGGUAGCCAACAUGUCGAUCUCCAAAGAAGCCGUCACCUCUUUUUUGAAAGAUCUUGCGGCCGGUGGAAUCUCCGCCGCGAUCUCCAAGACCGCUGUAGCACCAAUCGAGAGGGUAAAAUUGCUGUUGCAGGUCCAAGCAGCAUCCAAGCAAAUUGCUGCUGCUGAUCAGUACACGGGUAUUGUCAACUGCUUUGCUCGUGUAACAAAAGAGCAAGGCUUCUUUUCGUUAUGGCGCGGAAAUCUGGCCAACGUGAUCCGUUACUUCCCGACGCAGGCACUUAACUUUGCCUUCAAGGACAAGUACAAGAGAAUCUUCCUCCAUGGAGUUGACAAGAAAACGCAGUUCUGGAGAUACUUUGCUGGCAACCUCGCGUCUGGUGGUGCUGCUGGUGCCACAUCUCUGUGCUUUGUCUACCCGUUGGACUUUGCCCGUACCCGUCUGGCUGCUGAUGUGGGCAAGGCCCUCGGCGAUCGCGAAUUCACCGGCCUGGGCAACUGUCUGGCAUCCAUCUAUCGGUCUGAUGGUAUGCUGGGGCUGUACCGCGGCUUUGGCGUCUCCGUGCAGGGCAUCAUCAUCUACAGAGCUGCCUACUUUGGCUUCUACGACACGGCCAAGGGCAUGCUGCCGUCCCGGUUCCAGAGGAACAUCAUCAUCUCUUGGAUGGUCGCCCAGACAGUGACCACCUGCUCUGGCAUCAUCUCUUACCCCUUCGACACAGUCCGUCGACGUAUGAUGAUGCAGUCAGGCCGCAAGGAUAUCCUGUACAAGAACACCAUCGACUGCUGGCGGAAGAUUGCCCAGAAUGAGGGUGGGCGGGCCUUCUUCAAGGGGGCAUUCUCCAACGUCUUGCGUGGCACCGGUGGGGCCCUGGUGCUUGUCCUGUACGACGAAGUCAAAGCACUCCUGUUCUAACUUGACCGGUUCACAUGUAGGGAUGUUGAAUAAGCCACAGAUUAACAAACACUAUUAACAAAUUUGAGCUGCAUUUGUAGAAGUUACACCCGCCACAUUUCGGAUGUGACUUGGGUAACCACUACAUGUUCAAAAUGGGCUCUCAACUGUGUCCAAAAUGCAAAGAGCACCAGUAGCAUGUAUCUAUAGACUGAAGUGUUAAAAGAUUUUUAAAGAGUUGUUGAAUAUGCCCCCCCUCUUUAACUUAUUAGUAAUUCAUGAAAACACAGCAUACCAGUUGUUUGUGUACAGGAGUAAAAUCAGUGUCAGUACAUGUAUAAACACUGCUCAGUAGUAAAACGUGGAUGUACAGUGUAAAAACAUCUCCUUCAGUACAUUCUUAAUGAAGUGAAUGGCAGCACGUAUUGUAUCGGAAUUGCCUUUUUCUUAUUGGAUUUUUAUUGGACGGAAUUGGGAAUGCGAUUUACUGGUGACCAACACAGAUCACUUUUCAAAUGCCAGCUGCUUCUUGAAAGGCGCCUACCUCAACGCCCUGCUUGAUUUUAUUAUGCUCUUUGUUGGCUUUAGUCCGUGCAGAAAUAUGUUUUGAAUUUGUUUCAUUAUACAUAUACCUUGCCUUUUGGACAGCACAGGCCCUCCUCAGCAUACCUCAAGUCCGAAGGUGUUAAGUCUUGAAACUUUAAACAGGUACAUGUCCAUGUAAGCUGACUUAUGUUUUCAGUAUUUCCUACUCUUAAAUUUAAAGUACUUCUGUCUGAAGGAAGAUCAUGUUAAGAUAUCCCGUUUAUUAUGCAUUUCCUGUUUAAGCAUAUGCAUGGUGCACAUAUCUUGCUCUGCAUUGGUUGCUUUGUACAUGUAUAUAAAAUAUUACCAAACAAUAUGGUCCAAAUCAGAGCUCUUAUGCCAUCUUCUAACAGGUUUUAUCAAGCUCAAUUCGAUGUGUGUUUGCAAUUUUCCCUGGCCAUGCUGAUCAUGUUUGCACUUGAAAAUCAAGAAUGUUCCGAAGGCUGGAUUUUACAUGUGAUAGGUCCGGUUAGUGUACAUGUAUAGGUGCUCGGAUGCACUCUGGAUACAACCAUCGUAUCAAUCUGGUGUGUAAAAGGGUUUAAUGAGAUUCAAUCAAAAAUUGCUUUGCUUGCUCAAGUUCUAACAAUCACUAAGUGGUAAUUUUACCGUGGUUUGAUAUCCCUUUCCCAUGCCGACUUUCCCAGUUUUAAUGUCUGUGAUGUAUUAGUUUAGGAGUAUUUUUCACAUUAAAAUUUGAACAGAGGGGGGACCUUGUGUGUGUGUGGUUAUUUAAUCCUAUGUAACUAAUUAAGGAUUGUCUGGAGGUAUAGGAUAAUUUUGCUGUGCAAGAGGAACUAUGGGAGUGUAUUUUAUCCUUACAAAAUCCAGCCCAAGUGAGUAAUUCAUACCCUAGAUUAUUGAACAUUUGGUUUUUUUUGGAAUGAGUAAUAGAGUGACAUGAUUCAAUUAAAAGAGAUUCAACUAA